AUCACGCCUUCACCGUAAGUCCGUAACACUUCAUCUAACCACCGCCAUCCAGCACCCCUAUUAAAUCCGCCGCACUCCGCCCGCGACGGCGCUCACCCUCAGUCUAAAAGCCACCGACUAAACCGAAGAUCAAAGCUCAGUGAGAGAGAGAAAGAGAGAGAGAUGAGCACUCGUUCUUUAGAGACUCUACUACCGACAGAAACCCUGGAACUGGAGAGCGGCCUUUCAGUCGUCCCCCGAGUCAAACUCCUCCUCACAAUCCACCGGUCAGACAAAUCAAUCUCACCAAUUGACGAGUGGCAAUUCAAGCGCUCACUCAUCGACUACAUCAAAACCUCCUUCUCGAUCACAAUCUCCGAAGACGACCUCGAAGUCAAGAGAUAUAAGGACCUCAAGAAGCGCAAGCGCGAAGAUCCCGUAGCUAACGGCAUUCUCUUCAUUCGUGACUUGGGUUUUCUCAAUAAGCCCUCAACUUAUAGAAUCGGCAAUGAUGAAGAUGAAGAUGUGAAGGUUGUGGAGAAGAGGCUUUUGGAGUGGAGGAAAUCGAUUGUAGAGAAGAUGGAUGGGAUUGAGUUGAAUCUUCAAGGAGUUGGGUUUAGAUUGACCGUUGCGGUUCCAACUUCCGAUGAUUUUGAGGGAAUGAGCAAGGAAUGGGAGGGGCUUCAUGCAUUUGGCGGUCGAGGAACAUCUAGGGGUGGGAAGCAGCUGCCUGAUACGAUUGUGUUGAGAGGUGUUCCAUCACGGUGGUUUGCUGAGCCACGAGUUUCAUCUAAACCCUCCAUGCUGGUUACUCAUACAAUUUUUUCUGCAUUUGGAAAGCUAAGGAAUCUUGAUGUUGCUGAGGACGAUGAUAUAGGUAAAAAUGCGGAUGAAGAAAGUGGGGACAUAGUUUCAGGUCUUCAGUGUAAGAUUGUGGUUCGGUUUGAGAAAUACAGGGACUUCUAUAAUACUUUGAAGGUGUUAUGUGGCCGUUCGUUGCAAAAGCAAGGAUCACGUCUGAGGGCUGAUUAUGAGGUGACUUGGGACAAGGAUGGCUUUUUUCGAAAUGCUAUAAGCCGCACAAAAGAAAAGAGUAGAUGGAUGCCUUCGGUGGCAGGGGGAAAUUACAGACGUGAACCUCCUAGGCAUCACUCUCGUGUUUCACGCUUUAGUCCGGACAGAGCACGCCCAAAGAGGUUCAAGGAAUAGCGAAUAAAACGAGCACCUGGAGAACAAUCGCCUGGUCGAGCUCAGAGACUGGAAGUUAUUUAUGGUGAAAUUAAUUGAUCCUUUUGGUCCCUUUUGUAAGAUGACUGCAUGAUACAGGCUUCCUGCUGAGGAAAUGAUAGGGGUUAAACCUAUUGUUGUAUAAGUAACUCUAUUUUCUGAACAAUAGUUGUUAUUCUCUCAUCUAUUCAGCAAAAUGAAAGCCCCUAGUCUCUCUCUCUCUGGGAAAAACUUUUAAUAUACUGCUUCUUCUGCAU